AUGGAAUGUUAUUACAUCUUGUUCUUACAGAUGAAGGUGAUCCUGAGCCUGAUACUGCUAGCAUUACAGAUACUGCGAGGGGAUGCUGCUCCGUACUAUGUGGGCUAUAAUUGCCCAGUGAACGGCUUUCCUUACAGUGCAGGUUCGACUUUUCAAGACAAUCUGAAUGCUACCCUUUUCAUCCAUCUGGUUGCCAAUGCCUCUCGUGCAGCCUACUCGACCUACACCAUGGGAGAAGGCGUUGAUCAAGUCUACGCUAUGUACUACUGCAAGGGCGAUGUUUCUCUCGCAGUUUGUCAUGACUGUGUGCAGACAGCGGCCGUAAAAGUACUAGACGUCUGCAAGCUGCUUAAACAAGGUAUCGUUUGGUAUAAGGAAUGCACCUUGCGUUAUGCCAACCGUACCAUCUUCUCUUUCGAUACUCAGGAUCUUGAAGUAAAGUACCCUUUUUUUAACUACACCCCAAUUCUGGCCGACUAUCUAGAUGAGUAUCGGUCCAUAUAUGACGCGUCGAUGAGAAACCUCAUCGAUCAAGCUGCAAAUAAUGCUAGCCUUAAACCAAGGGGUUUUGCUACAUCACGUGUCAAGCUCUCAUCUUAUCAGAGCUUACGAGGGGUGGCUCAGUGUGCACCGAUCCUUAGUGGCAGGUCUUGCCAGACGUGCCUCAAUGGAGCUCUUAUAUCAAUCAAUCUUUGGUCCAACUGUAUAGAAUUUCUUCCAACUUGUUUCAUUGGGUUUGAUAUUUAUGGAUUACCUCCUCCUACUCCUCCCUCACCUGCACCCUCCUUACCAGUACACUACAAGGUCUUGAUUCCCCUGUUAUCUAUUGUUGUGGUUGGAUCACUUGUUGGCUUUUGGUUUUGGAAGUGCCGUUCUUCAAAAGGAGAUCCACAUCCCCCAUCACCAAAUGGAAAAGAGAAACAAGAUUUUUUCAUCAACGAGUCAGAUGAAUAUGAUCAAUCAAUAGGCGAAGAUUAUGCAGAACCAAGCGAGAAAGGGAAACCGCGUGGGCUAGCACAGUUCACCUAUGCUGAGAUAGAGGACAUGACAAUUGGAUUCCAGCACAAACUAGGAGAAGGUGGCUUUGCAGUUGUCUAUCAUGGGACUUUACCAUAUAGAAGAAGAGAAGUUGCAGUCAAGUUGUUCUCGAAAAACGAGGCCCCUAAGCAAUUUAGCACUGAGAUAGAAGUUCUUGGAAGAAUUUCUCACAAGAACUUGGUUUCUUUGGUUGGAUAUUGUGAAGAAGGAACAAACUUAGCUCUUGUUUAUGAGUACAUGGCCAUGGGAGACUUGAAAGCUCUUCUAACUGAAGAUUCAGAUAAAUUAAGCUGGAGAAUAAGAGUUAAGAUAGCAAUCGACACAGCUCAAGGACUAGAUUACUUGCACAAUGGUUGCAGCCCUCCUAUAGUUCACAGAGAUGUGAAGCCUGCCAACAUACUGCUAAACAAAGAUUUAAGAGCAAAGGUGUCUGAUUUCGGGUUUUCAAAAAUCUUUCCAGCUGAAUACGUUUCAAAUCUACAGUCCAGAGUUGUGGGGACUCUUGGUUAUCUUGAUCCUCAGUAA